ACUCCCUGAGGUUUGAAGCCUGAAGCCCCCAACUCUCUUCUUCCUCUCUUCAAAGUUUAAAUCCCUUCUCCAAUUCUAAUUCUAGAUCCUUUUUCAACUUUAAAACACACUACACCAUGGUAGCUGGUAACCAAAACAAAACCGCCACCGAAACCCUAAAAUUCCUCUGCAGCUACGGCGGCAAGAUCCUCCUCCGCCACACCGACGGCCAGCUCCGCUACGUCGGCGGCCACACCCGCGUCCUCUCCGUCGAUCCCUCCAUUUCCUUCUCAGAAUUAAUGGUGAAGCUCGCUGAGUUCUGCGGCCACUCCGUCACUCUCAGGUGUCAAUUGCCGGACGGCGACUUGGAGACGUUGAUUUCGAUCAAGUCCGACGAGGAUUUGGCGAAUCUAAUAGAAGAGUACGACCGUGUUUUUCCUUCGUCUCGUUCCUAUAAGAUCAGAGCGAUUCUGUCUCCUCCGAAAUCGCUGAAGCAAGUCUCGCCUGCUCAGUCCACAACAUCGACCAGCGGCGACUGUUCGCCGUCGAAAUCGCUCUACUCCGACUUCGAUUCGCCGCCGAAGCGGUACUAUUCCCCGACGGCGGUCGGGUUUCAGAGAGGGCCGGGCAAAGUGUGCUACUAUCCUUGCCAUGUCCAGCGAACUCCCUGCGAGAUUCCGUAUCAGCAUCACCGUUAUCACCAGCACCCCCAUCAAUUUCACGCUCCUCACUGCAAUUGACCGGCGGCGAUUCGGCGACCGGAACCCUAGCGUUGUUUGAGGAGAGGCUCUUUUUCACAUUAUAGAUGAUGAUGACGAAAAAAAAAAGAAAAUUAAUCCGGAAUUUAAGGAAAACAAAAAUAUGGGAAUUUCGUGUUUGUUGUGAAUUCGAGAGAGGAUUUUACUUCUAUUUUUCUUCCA